AUGGAUCCCAACAGGUCCCUUUCCUUGGGCAUGCUUCUGUUUCUUUCUCUGGCUUUUGAAUUGAGCUACGGAACCGGUAGAGGUGUGAUGGACUGCUCGGUGAUUAUCCAGCCACUGGGAAGUGACACGUGGCUGUCCCUGACAAAUCAGAUAAAUAAGAGUGCUAACAAAAGUGUUCGAAUCCUUGUCACAAUGGCAACGUCUCGAGGAAGCAAAACCAACAAGAAAAUAGUGUCAUUUGACCUCACUAAAGGGGGCUAUCCUGAUCACCUGGAGGACGGCUACCAGUUCCAACCAGAAAACCUGAGCCUGGGGAUCCUGGCAAACAGGAGGGAGAAUGAAGGAUGGUACUUUGUGAGCUUGGAGGAGAAUGUGUCCGUUCAGCAAUUCUGCAUGCAACUGAAACUUUAUGAGCAGGUCUCCACUCCAGAGAUUAAAGUGCUAAACAAAACCCAGGAGACUGAGAAUGGGACCUGCAGCUUGAUGUUAGCCUGCACAGUGAAGAAAGGGGAUCAUGUGGCUUACAGCUGGAGUGAUGAGGCGGGCACCCGUCUGCUGAGCCCAGCCAACCGCUCCCACCUCCUGUACAUCACCCUUAGCAACCAGCAUCAUGACAGCAUCUACAACUGCACUGCAAGCAACCCUGUCAGCAGUCACUCCCGGACCUUCGACCUAUGGCAGGAGUGCAGGCGAGAGGCCUCCAGUGAGUACUCUGAGUCAAGCUCAUGGCUACCACACACUGUUGCACCAUUAGGGGUCAUUAUAGUCAUCAUCCUGAUUCCCACGGCAGUGAUGAUGCUGAAAAAACAAGGUAGGUCUUGCAAGAAAGGCUUCUUACCAAGUCCAGGUAAAAAAACCUGCCAGCCACCAGUGGAAGAAAACAGCCUUACAAUUUAUGCCCAAGUACAGAAAUCUGGGCCUGUAGAGAAGAAACUUGAUGAUGACCUGACAGAUCAGGACCCCUGCACAACCAUUUAUGUGGCUGCCACAGAGCCUGCCCCGGAACCAGUCCAGGAACCAAACCCCACCACAAUUUAUGCCAGUGUGACACUACCGGAGAGCUGA